AUGCUUCGCUCAUUACAAACAGUGAAACCUCGUGUCAAUUCAAAGAUUCGCUUCAUUGCUAGCACACCAGCCUAUUUCCAUAGCUCUGCCUUUGUUAGCGCAGGCAGAAAAGUAGUUGCCACCAGAAAAUUGUUACCAGCUAGUCAAGAGAGACUCGAGCAACAAGGCUUCGAAUUGAUUCAAUGGCCCAAGGAUUCAUCGAUGCCUCGUGAGACCCUUUUGAAGGAUAUCAAAGGAGCCGAGGGAUUGAUUUGCAUGCUCUCUGAUAAAAUUGACAAGCAAGUGUUUGAUGCAGCUGGCCCUGGAUUGAAGGUUGUCUCUACUAUGAGCGUGGGUUAUGAUCACAUCGAUUUGAAGACAGCCAAAGAGAACAAUGUCAAAAUUGGCUACACGCCUGAUGUAUUGACGGAUGCUACAGCAGACCUCACUGUCUUAUUGACAUUAGCUGCUGCUAGAAAGAUGAAGUCAGGUGUUCGAGCUGCUGAGACAGGAGAGUGGAGAGAAUGGAGACCCAAUUGGUUGUGCGGAUAUCAAUUCAAGGGCAAGACGUUGGGUGUUGUAGGUAUUGGCCGCAUCGGUCAAGCUGUGGCAUCAAGAUUGAAGGCAUUUGGCAUUGAUCGUGUUGUUUACUGGGGAAGAAGUGAGAAGCCAGAGCUGAAAGAGUCGUUGAAUGCUGACUUUGUAACAUUCGACGAGCUUACUGCUUCAUCUGAUUUCAUUGUUGCUUGUUGCGCAUUAACACCUGAAACCAAGGAAGUUUUCAACUAUAAGGCAUUCAAGAACAUGAAGAAGAAUGCAAUCUUUGUCAAUACGGCACGAGGUGGUGUAGUAGAUCAAGAUGGUCUUGUCAAGGCGUUACAAGAGAAUUUGAUCGCUGGUGCUGGGCUGGAUGUGACCACACCAGAGCCAUUGCCUACAAACCACCCACUUUUCAAGCUGGAUAACUGUGUUAUUCUCCCUCACAUUGGCAGUGCAACCAUUGAGGCUCGUGAGACUAUGGGUGAUAUGUGUGUGGAUAACGUGUUGGCAGCAUUGGAGAACAAGGAAAUUCCAUUUGGUUUGAAAUAUUAG